AUGAUCAUGGGAGAGGUGAUUGUGAUAGGGGUGGCCAAGGUGGGUCUUGUGGUGGUGGCGAUGAUGACGAUGAUGAUGGUGGUGGCCAUGACGAUAGCGAAGACGGUAGCAGAUAGUGGUAUAGGUGGUAAUCGUGUUGAAAGUGGAAAUGGUGAUAAUGGUUGUGACGGAGGUGAUGGCAGAGGUGGCCGAGGUCGUGAAGCAUGUGAUGGUAACCGACAUAGCCGAAAUGGUCGUUGCGGUGGUGGCAUCAUGAUGCUGAUGAUGGUGGUGGCUGUGACGAUGACGGUGAUGGUGGCAGAUAGUGAUAGUGAUGAUUGUGAUUGCGGUAAAGAUGAUAAUGGUGCUUAA